AUGUCAUACGACGAGGAAGUUAAUGGUGAAGCUGAGAUGGAAGCUUUGCUAAUUGAUCCCGUUGCCUGUGUUCUUGAAGGAAAAUACAGCAAGCAACACCAAGCGGAGGAUGACGUCACUCAAUCUUUGAUUCAAUCGUGUAUGAAUGGCACGAAUAAUCCCGACUACCGGAUCCAAAACAUGAUGGGAGCCCGUCUAUUGGCUUUUCAAAAGCGUGUGGUUAUUCCUAUGGCUCUACGUCAAGAAUUGGUGGAGUGCUACCACACCCAAUUGAUACAGCCGGGACCAAAGCGACAAUUUAACACGAUGAAAUCCAUUUUUCUACUGGUCCGGAAUGACGAGAAGCAUUGUGGAGUUCACUAA